AUGCCUAUAACGGCCCCAUUAAGCUUCCUCCAGGCGAAUAUCAACCACUGCGCCUGCGCUCAGGAUCUGUUGCUCCAGAGCAUGGCGCAGUGGUCGAUUAACAUCGCUGUGGUCGCUGAGCCGUAUUUUGUCUGGCCUAGGAAGGACUGGGUGGCGGACCUUAACGGCUCAGUGGCCAUCAUUUCUUCGGCCGCCGCCGGUACCCCGACCCUUGAAGGUGUCAGGAGGGGUCAGGGGUGCGUAGCAGCACGGUUCGGGGAGUUCAUCGUUGUGGGGGUGUACUUCUCCCCGAACCGAUCUCUCGCCGAGCUCCACAUCUCUCUUGCAGAGCUGAGAGCAGUCGUCGUCGGAAGCUAUCCCCUCCCCGUGCUUGUCCUCGGGGACUUCAAUGCCAAGAACUUGGCUUGGGGUUCUCGUCGUACAGAUGUGCGGGGUAGGAUGGUGGAAGACUGGGCUCUGGAGACAGGCCUGGUCGUCCUAAAUCGGGGUUCUGUCCCCACGUGUGUGCGGAUGCGGGGCGAGUCGGUGGUGGACAUUUCGUUCGCUAGCCCCGCUCUGUCGCCGCGUGCCAUUGACUGGCGAGUCAUGGAGGGGGUGGAGACCUACUCCGACCACCGGUACAUCCGGUUUGACGUCUCCACCCAGCCCUCGAGCGCGCCAGUCCAACAGGCCCCGAGUGGUCCGCGUUGGGCGCUGAAGCAGCUGGACCGGGAGCUCCUCCUGGAAGCCUCGAUCGUGCAGGCCUGGGUGUCAUCACCGGAUAGGCCUGCCGACGUCAAUGAUGAGGCAGGGUGGUUCCAGGAGGCCAUGUCCGAGAUAUGUGACGUGGCAAUGCCCCGCGUCCGGCCAGGAAGCGCCCGGCGUCAGGUGUAUUGGUGGUCGCGUGAGCUGACGUCUCUGCGCGAGGCGUGUGUCGCCGCGCGGCACCUGUACGCCAGGCAUCGCAGGCUCCGCAUUCGUCCACCGAAUGCGGCAGCCAUUGAGGCGGAGCUGUACGAGGGAUACAGAGCGGCGAAGACCGCCCUCCGGGAGGCUGUCAUGCGGGCCCGGGAUCGGGCCCGUGAGGAGAUGCUGGAGACUCUCGACAGAGAUCCGUGGGGGCGCCCUUACAAGAUGGUGCGGGAUAAACUCCGCACCUGGGCCCCCCCGCUGACGCAGAGUCUCCGGCCUCAGCUCGUGGAGGACGUGGUGAGCGCUCUGUUUCCUGCGCGAGGGAACAUCCGGCCCCGCCUAUGGCUCCGCCACCUGCGGUGCCGGAAGCGGACCACCAGGACGACGACGACGGCAUCCCGGAAGGGACCGGGUCUUCUAGACACUAAAUGGAACUGCCAACAAUGUCGCAGUAAGCUACCAAAAACAGGUAAUUCGAAUACUCCUGUACGUAUAACUAAUCAUCCCAUUGCUUCUAAGGAAGAUUCCAUCCUGAGUCCUAGUGAGGAGAGUAAUGUUACUACGAGAAUAAAAAAUAAAUGUUCCAAGUCUGGUAACAGCGAUUCUUGUGUAACUGAGGAGAGGUUGCGCAUGAUUAUAAAACAGGAAAUUACUGACACUAUUAAAUCUCUAGUAUCCGAGCACCUAGCGAACUUAAACCUUCAAGUAUCUGGGUUUCAAGAGUCCCUGUCAUUUAUAAGCAAACAAUACGAUGAUCUUAUGCAGUCUGUUAACGAGAAAUCAGAAACAAUCAAUAGACUGGUUUCAAAGAACGAAAAAUUAACAACACAGGUUAAAAACCUGACGGACAGACUGGGGCAGAUAGAGCGAAAUAUGCGCGUUUGUAACGUGGAAAUUACAGGUAUUCCCGAACACAAGUCAGAGAACCUCCUGAGCACUGUUGAACAACUUGGUAGAAUUGUCGAGAGUCCUAUUGCUGAAUCUGAUAUAUUACAUGUAACAAGAAUUGCCAAAUUAAACAAGGAGAGCAAUCGUCCUCGUUCUGUCAUCGUAAAGCUUCGCAGUCAGCGACACCGCGAUGAAUUAUUGGCUGCAGUGACACGAUUCAACAAAAAGAACAAGGAUAAUAAGCUCAACACCGAGCAUCUUGGACUCGGAGGACGUCGCGAGCCCGUAUUCGUAUCUGAACACCUGACGCCCACAAAUAAACAUUUACAUGCUGCAGCCCGAAAGAAAGCCAAGGAGGCUGGGUUCAUGUUUGUGUGGAUACGGGAUGGAAGAAUUCUUGCGAGGAAAAACGAACAAAGUCAUGCUAUUUAUAUUAAAGACGACGAAAGCUUAAAGUUAUUGCUUUAA